CCGGCUUAUUCCGUUCCCCGUCUUCCCUAACCCGACGCUCCGUCUUUAGAUCUCUUCGCCGCCGUUAUCCGGAACGCCGUAUUCCGCCUUCGUUUCGCCCGCCCUAUUCCGCGUCCGCUAUCGACAGCUGAUGUCGUCGCUGUUCUUCUGGAGUUAAUAUACCGGAGCAGAGGGAACGAGCGAUUGGAAUAAGGAGAGAUGGAAGCCCUACCCGUCGCCGGCGACCGGCGCGGCAUCCUCUCCGCGGUCCCCGCCGCUUUGAACGGUGGCGAUCCCCUCCUGCACCCCUCUCCGGCCCCCGAUUCGCCGCCGUUUCCCUCUGCCCCUGGCGCCCUUGACCCCGACGCCAUCUUCUCCCUCUUUGACCCCUCCGAGAAUGGCGGAGAUGACGGCGAUGACGGCGGCGACGCCCCCGUCUCACCCCGCGGCAGCGAUGCGCCUUCUCGAUCCGCCCGAUCCUCGGCCUCCGAGUACUCCAGGAUCACCGUCUCCGAUCCCCAGAAAGAACAGGAGACCACCUCCUCCCUCGUCCCCGGCUCCGGCUUCUUUGUCACCUACCUCAUCACCACCCGGUUCGUCAGCGGCAGCGGCGGCGGGCUGGCGGAGAUCCGCGUCCGGAGGCGGUUUAAAGAUGUGGUCGCCCUCGCUGAUCGCCUCAGCGAGGCCUACCGGGGGUACUUUGUCCCGCAGCGGCCUGACAAGAGCGUGGUCGAGGGCCAGGUGAUGCAGAAGCACGAGUUCGUCGAGCAGCGCCGAUCCGCCAUCGAGAAGUACCUAAACCGGCUGGCUGCUCAUCCGGUGAUCGUGAAGAGCGAUGAGCUAAGGGUGUUUCUUAGGAUGCCGGUGAAGUCGCCAUCGCCGAGCACGGAAGUGGCAUUGAGGAUGUCGGAUGGGGUGGGGGCACUAUCAAAGCAGGUCUCCGGGGAGACGAGAGGGAGGAACGUUGAAGUGGCGACACAAGGUGUGGUGCAGCCGGCAAAGGGAAGGAGGGAUUUUAUGAGGAUGUUCAGGGAGCUGAAGCAGGCAGUGACCAAUGAUUGGGGAGGUGUGAAGUCAUUGGUAGUGGAGGAGGAUAAAGAAUUCUUGGAGAAGAAAGGGAAGUUGCAAGAUUUGGAGCAGCAGCUCACAACUGCUUCCAAGCAGGCUGAGGCACUUGUGAAAGCAAAACAAGAUAUUGGAGACACAAUGGGUGAGUUGGGCCUUACAUUCGUCAAACUUGCAAAAUUUGAAAUGGAAAAUGCCACUUAUCAUUCACAGAGAUCACGGGCUGCGGAAAUUAAACAUUUUGCAACUGCUGCUCUGAGAACAAGUAGAUUCUAUCGAGAAUCAAAUACACAGACGGUCAAACAUCUGGAUACUCUCCAUGAAUAUUUGGGCCUGAUGCUAGCUGUUCACAGUGCAUUCUCCGAUCGUUCAACCGCACUGUCGACAGUACAAACACUUACAUCAGAUUUGUCUUCCUUGCUUGCAAGGGAAGAAAAAUUGGAAGCAUCUUCAAUGAGAUUUGGUGGAGACAAGUCCAAGAUCCAUAGAAUUGAAGAGUUGAGAGAAACAAUCAGAAAUACUGAAGAUGCUAAAAUCUGUGCCAUAAAAGAUUAUGAGUGUAUCAAGGAAAACAACAAGAAUGAACUUGAGAGGCUAGACAGGGAGAGACAUGAGGAUUUUCUAGUGAUGCUUAAAGGUUUUGUCAGUAAUCAGGUGAUUUACGCAGAAAAGAUUGCCAAUGUGUGGGCAAAUGUUGCAGAAGAAACAAAAGGAUACACAAGCCAAAGCAAGUAAGUAGGAACAUGUAUAGUUCAGAUUUCAGCACUUUUCUUUUGUACUCUAAGCAUGUAAACUAGCUUUUUCUGGCCAGCAACUCCAAAUAAGCACAUUUCCUUGGAGAUCGGUUUGUGCAAUUUUGUGAUUUUUCAGAUCUGUACCAUUGGGUCACUAGAUUUUGAGUGUGACCUGGCAUCUACUAUAAACUGUUAUUUUUAUUCAGAUCACUGCAACAUUAUAUGCAAUAUUUGAUAUUAGAAAUAUUAAUUUGGUGGAUUAUGUU